AUGAAUAAGCCAUACGAUAAAACAGUGAAAGACUACACUAUUUAUGUAUACGGAAAGAUACAUGAUUUAGUGGAAGAGCUAAAUAGGUAUCAUCAAAAAUGUUACAUUAAUAAUGAGAAGAAUGUAGAUUUGUGCAAGGAGUUUAAGUACAAGAAAAGGAAAAGGGUUCGGUUCCUUUCGGUGCUGGAUUAUUAUGCAAACGUUAGGAACAAGAAAUGGGAAUUCGACGUCAUUCCAAUCGUAUUUAACGAGGAGUAUGAGAUUUUGCAUAUAGGUGUUUCUAUGCUUUUCAGCGAUAAUUUUUCUGAGGAGUACAAAAGGGGUAGGUACAACUACAUCGAGCUCUUUAUUUGUAAUUUCGAAAAGGACAAUGUGAAUGAAUGCCAGAGUGAGUGGACACCAGCGUUGCCUCUCAGAAAUGGACAUAACACUGGAGAUAUUUUGGAUUGUCUUGUUAAGGUGGAGGACUUGAAGAGAAUAUACAGGGAGGGAGAGAGCCUCCGUAAAAUAAGCGAAGAAAUUGCUAGACCGUCAAAUACCAGUGAAAGCAAUGACGAGGAUGAUGAUGCAGGAGGACAUGUGAUGGCCUCCAUGCAUGAUAGUUACCAGUUGGAGAAAAAGGUCAGGAAGAAGGAAACGAGUUUCUCUUUGGGGGAGGAUUUCUCCAGCAAAGAUGAACAAUACCCACUAUACAGCAUUGGGAAUGACUCCAUCGGGGAGGCUAAAGCAAAUUUGAGUAUGGGCGGUGAUGAGGAGGCAGAUGAGCACCUAUUACUUGCUCGAAAUGUAAAGGUUACUCAAGACAAUGACAUGUGCACGCGUAGGAGCAACCGCAGCUGCGAUAGUGGUAGCAGCGCGCGGAACAGGUUCAUCUCUAGCAGCAACGACAAGGAGGGAUUUGCUCCUGGGUAUUAUUAUAAAAAGGAUGAGGAGAAUAAAUGGAAGAGUGAAAGUAGCAACAGGGAAGAGUUUUCUACAGAUGGGAGGGGAGGAGUGACAAAUACGAAGGUAGGAAAAGAUCGUGAUGGUGUCUGCCCCUUCUCAUAUCUCGGAAGUGGUGUGGACUUCCACAAAAGAGAGACGGAACAAACGACAGAUGAUGCUGAUAAAGCAGGCAUUCAAAAAGUGGAGUACUACAGAAAUGUGAAAAGGGUAAAUGAAAUGGAGGAGAAGACGUACAUUUCGUCAGCAGGAGGGUCCACAAAGAAAGUGAUAAAUUAUGAGUACCUGUACAGUAGGAGCGAGAGCGAAACAAUGUACUUGGAUGUCCCGAGGGGGAAGAAGCAUCCGUCCACCAACGAGGGAGACUUCUCACAGGGGGAUGUGAACAAAUUGGACGCAGCGCAGGAGAGGCCCUUCGCCAACAGUUGCAGCGUGAGGAGUGGUUACACAAAAAGCAUGCAUACAACCGUGGAGCGAAGUGAGAUAUUAUUGGAGGGGAGUCCAGCGGAAGUGGGUAACCACAUUGGAAAGGCUAAUCACUCGGGGGUAGCCUCACCACCGGAGGAAAGAUCCCCCCAUGGAGACUUCACACGUUUCACAAAGCAUGAGCAAACUACGCGUUUUAAUCAUAAUGAGAUAAUACAGAGUAGCGACAGGGUGUACAGUGUCGAGAGUGAGGAAUACCGGAGGGACACGUAUACCACGACGGAGGGCAAGAGCAACCAGAAUAUUGUGACUGACUUCAGUGCACAGGAAAGCAAGGUUAGUGAAGCUGAUAAACGGAACGAGUUUAAGCUAGGCUUCUUCAGCUCCAAGGGAAACAGAACGUACAACGAAGAUAGAGUAAUUACCAUUAGGGACGUGAAUGAGUUUGUGCAAAAGGAGUAUAAGGAGGUGAUUGAGGAGAGGGGAAAUUUGCUGAGUGAGUCCCUAGAGAGGGAGUAUUACGACAUGCUGCAGAAGACGCAGAGUGUGGACAGAUCGUUCAGAUAUUCCUCCGUCGAAUCGGCAGGGGAUGGAGUAGAGGAGGGGGCUGGGACCCCUUCUGCCGGGGUAAGUUCUUCCGGGUCGACCCCCCCGCCUUACAUGUACUGCGCCAUCUACGACGGACAUAAUGGUGAGAAGGCGGUAAACAUAAUUCAAAAGUUGCUUCAUCUCCACGUGCACACCUACUACAUAAAUGGAAAUGGGAUGUCAAACUCGUUAAAGUAUGCCUUUCACAAAAUGGACGAGCACUUGUGUAGAAAGACAAUAAAUAAUGAAGAGGAUAACCACUCGAACUUUUCCAGCGGCAGCACAGCCUGCGUCAGUAUCAUAUUUGAUCACAUGAUGUAUAUUGCAAACAUAGGGGAUAGUAGAUGUGUGUUGAGUAAAAAUGGAAGGGCAGUUGUGGUAACCGUGGAUCAUCGAGCUGGAGGAAAUAAAAAGGAAGAGGAGAGGAUAAUAACCUCUGGAGGGGUGUUAGACGACGAAGGGUAUUUAGGUGGCUGUUUAGGAGUAUGUAGGGGGUUUGGCUCGUUUGACAAAAAGACUAAAGAAAAAUUAAAAGGUCUUGUUUGUGAACCGGACCUAUUUCAAAUAAAGCUAACGGAGGACGAUGAGUUCCUGAUUAUAUGCUGCGACGGGAUUUUUGAUGUUAUGACUUCGCAGGAGGCGGUGAACACUGUGAGGGCUUCCCUGGUGGAGAGCUCUGACCCUACUGUAGCGGCGGAGGCCCUGUGCCAGUUGGCUUACAAAAGGAAGGCCCUGGAUAACCUCUCCGUGGUCGUUGUGAUUUUUCAGAGCCCCGAGAUGAAGAAGAAGGCGCAGUCCAGCGAAAGCACCAAUCGAAUAAGGUUUUCCUCUCUGAAGAAUUUGAUAGGCCCGUGA